GGGCUCCACGAGACAACAGGAUAGAUUACUCAGCGGCGGAAUAUCUUUGCCCCAAUGGAUGAAAGGGAGAUCUGAUAAUAGUUGCAGGCUCGUGACGCUUUAACAUAGCAUUAUUCUUUGCUGAAUGUAUAGAAGAGAUAUAAACCAAUUGCAACGAUUCGAUUUUGACGAUACCACAUUCAGUCCGCCAUCUCACGACGAUAGCUUCUUCUACUUACGAUACCCAAAGUCACAAAAUCGAUUGUCGGUUUCGCAAGAUUUCCGGCCAAUUGACGAAGUUUUUGACGAACAAAGUAUUGCUUCAUCAACAAAUAAGGUGAAAGCACAAGACACACAACAGAUUAUCGAAGAGAGAAACAAGAAUCAGGAGAUCGAUUUUAGUAAAUAUCCUUUACCUUGCCAACCAUUUGUACCAACAACUUCAACAACAAGCAAAGAUACUGAAAUCAAAUCAAGUUCAAAGAUAUCGUUAACUGACAAUACAAAAGCUGCAAGGUCGCAGGGGAUAGACGAUGGAUUUCAUCGCAAGCCAGCACUUUGUGGAAAAUCAAUUGUUCUUGUAGCCAGUCAGAUGAUGUCUAACAAAUUUCACGAAAACUUUUCGGCCGAGCAGGCUGGUAAUCAGCCUAAAAAAGGCAGUAAAUCUUUACCAGCUACUCCACUUACUUCGCCAGCAAGCAGUCCAAAUACUUCGCCGAAAGCUCGUCGACGUGUCCCACCUAAUCGAUACUUUACCGGCCCGCUCCUUCCUGAUCGCGAAAAAUAUCAAGGAGGUUGGAUUUUGUCAAGCAUCUUUGGACAAUCUAGAGAAAUUGUUACUGGAAAAAUCAACGAAGAGGACGAAACGAACACAGAAGUUUCAGCUGUUCCACCUAGAGCGCUUACUCGAAAGAAAUCUAUAUCGUCGCAAAAUCUCACGUAUAUAGGAAGCGAUGAAAAGUCAGUUGAUAAAUCAGCUGUUUAUUCAAAUGUAUUUCAAGCGAAACCAUCAGAAUUAAGAGAGAUGAAUUUCUGGUUUCCGACAUCGAUGUGAAUCAAUAUAUAUUAUACUCGCAUCUUUUGCUUGCCUGCACGUUGUUAUUACUCAAAUUUAUUUAAUCGAUACUGAUUAAUUUAGAAGGAAAGAACUUUUCCUUAGAAGAAAUUAUUAGGCCAAUUAAUACACUAAUUUUUGAAUUUUUUAAAGUCAACGAACGAAUUUGUUAAUGCAAACAAGAAUACGGGAUACUUACAUCCAGAUCGUUGUCUUUCACAUAUCUUUGAAUGUGUGCUUACUUUACAAUUAAUAUAAUUAAUAUUUAGUAAUAAUGCUUUUGCGUUUGUCUAUCUCUCUUCUUUCCUUUUCUUGCGUUCUCAAUUAGCAUUACCUUUAAAGAAAAAAUUGUUUGUCUAAUUGACGAUUUUCAUAAACCGUGUGACUCUGUUAUAGCAUUUGUACUGUAGAUCAGAAAUAAAAAUAAUCGCGUACUGAAGACGGUUUUUGUGUUUUGGAGGAAGAGAGAGAGGGGGGGGGGGCAGAAAAGUAAACAAAUAUAUGCCGCGAAAACGAAAAGUGAAAAUUAUUUUUAAAAUAUAUGGUCCGUGUGUGAAACAUAGUGUGCUCGUAAAAUCAAUCGAGCCUAAAGGUAGAAGCGUUUCGAUUUCCGAAACAGUGAAACCCUUCAGGGUCAAUUAGUCUUGUACGACGAUAAUUUGAAAUCAGUUCUUUCAUUGCUGAGUAUUGCUAACAAUGAUUUAAAAGAAGUUGAAAUACUUUUAAAUAUUCGAAAUAUUAGUAUCCUUAAAUUGAUAGUUAAUGAACUAAGUUGAGAUUCUAAGUUGAUCGACAAUAUUUUUCAUUUUACUGCUUGGUAUUAGAUAUCUGCAGUUAAAAACACCAGACGAUCAUGAGUUUCGGCGACUCGAACAGUGUGAACCUCGCAUGAAUUCAAGUUGCCGUCUAAUCUUAUAAUUUACGCGUGCACAAUAUUUCUCGCGCGGAUUAUACACAGACGGUCUUAGGUAUUCGUAUGAUUUUAUUUAAUUU